GUGCCACAACCAAAUCCUUCACAACAGCAUGCUACCAAUGCAACGAGUCAAGCAAUGGUACCUGCAUCAGACGAGCAGCGUAAAGGAAAGCGUCCAGUACCACCCUCAAUCCACACAAAUUCAUCUGCCAAUUCAUCAUAUAUUCAGUCUAGCAAUAAGAAACAAAAGGUGUCUAAGUCAAACUCUAGAGCCAUUGCUGAAGCAUCUGCAAAGGCAGCUGCUGGUGGGACUGCAUCUAUUACAAUCAAGACAAGUGCUGGCAUGGUUGCUGGGACAUAUGCAAAGACAACCAUCAAUGUUUCAGGAGCAACCGGCACAGCCAAAAUUCGAUCCACUUCAACUGGUCAUGGAAACAGCUUAGGAAAACGCAAUGUCAUCAGGGAAGAGCAUCAUGUAGUUUGAGUGCCAGUGCAUGGCACAUGUAUCAUUUGGUAUGUUCUGUCACUUUUAAACUGGCAUGUUCUGUCACUUUCG